AUGACAACACUUGGUUUGCUUUCACGUGGUAUCAGAGCUAACCAGGUUGCUCUCCAGUUUGAAGUUGGUAUAUGCCAAAAUACACCUAUGGAUGGAAAGAAGCAAGAUGGUCAGAUUACUCUUCAUUACCCGAUGUUAGCCAAGAACAACUACACCGCAUGGGCCAUAAAAAUGAAGGUCUUCAUGCAAGCCCAAGGAGUUUGGGACGCGGUAGAGCCCUCAGAUCCGAAAGUAACUUUGAAAGAGAGGAAGGAUAAGAUGGCAAUGGCUGCCAUUUAUCAAGGUAUCCCGGAAGAGAUGUUGUUAUCAUUGGCGGAAAAGAAAUCAGCAAAGGAAGCAUGGGAGACAUUGAGAACAAUGUACUUGGGUGCUGAUCGUGUGAAGAAUGCUAAGAUUCAGACAUUGAAGGCAGAAUUCGAGUGUCUAAUGAUGAAGGAGACAUGGUGUAUUGAUGAUUUUGCAAUGAAGUUGAACAACAUUGUAAACAACAUCAGAGCCUUGGGAGAAACAAUAGAAGAGUCAUAUGUGGUUAAGAAAUUCCUAAGAGCAGUCCCUGCGAAAUUCUUACACAUAGCUUCUACUAUUGAGCAAUUUGGUGAUCUCGACACUAUGUUGGUUGAAGAGGUGGUAGGAAGACUUAAAGCUCAUGAGGAGCGUGUUCACGGGCAAGUUGAUAACGUCUCUACCCAGCUACUCCUGACUCAAGAGGAAUGGAAAUCAAGAAGUAAGAAAAAGGAAGAAGGACAGUCGUCUUCUGGUGGUAAAUCCUACCAUCAACAACAAAAUAGGAACUUUAACAGAGGACGAGAGUGUCGUAAGCCUCGGCGUGAGAGAAAUCUACAGGAAGCACUCUUGGCACAUACUCAUGAAGAUGAACCUACUCUUCUCAUGGCAGCUUGCAUGGAAGAGGUUUCUGAUGUAGUGUUGCUACAUGAAAAGUAUGUGAACCCAAAGCUCCGGCCACAAGAAGAUAAGUCUGUCAAAUCCAAUUUGUGGUGCUUGGAUAAUGGCGCUAGCAAUCACAUGACAGGUCAGAGAUCAAAGUUUAGAGAUCUGGAUACAAGCAUCAAGGGUCGAGUGAAGUUUGGUGAUGACUCUGUGGUUCGUAUCGAGGGCAAGGGUUCAAUUCUAUUCCAGUGUAAAAAUGGCGAACAAAGGUUGUUACGAGAUGUGUAUUUUAUACCAAACUUAUGCAAUGACAUCAUAAGUUUGGGUCAACUUGCAGAAGGCGGUAAUAAGGUUUUCAGGGAUGGGGAAAUAUUAUGGGUAUUUCACAGGCAUUGGAAGCUUCUUAUAAAGACGCGUCAAUCCCCGAACAGGUUAUACAAAGUGACCCUAGAAGAAUGUGAGCAUGUGUGUUUAAUGGCCAAGAUGGAUGAGGCUGCAUGGUUAUGGCAUGAUCGUCUUGGUCACGUGAAUUUUGGAGCUCUCGAGUCAAUGUCGAGCUAUGUGGGUUUACCUGUUGAAAAACAAAAAUGA